AAUUUUCUCAAAUUUAUGGGGUAUCGAUGGGAAUUAGGAGAUACUCGUAGGGGACAGAGAUGCAGUAAAAACAACGCUACCCGGAGACCGACAAUCUUCCGCACUGUCAAGCUCAAGCCUUCAGCACUACAUUUCAGAUUUUCGAGGACCCAUUUUACUACUGUCGAUCACAUUUGCGGAUUACCAGGAUUUAGAUUGUGCUCAGGUACAACACGGAGAGAUAACAUCUUACAAUCUUAGUAAGGAAAAAGAAAGCAAGUGUUGUGACAAAAAGAAAUGGUUAACUCAGAGGAGCCAAGGAGAAGGGUGGCUUUUGUGCUAGUUGAUGGUUUAGGGGAUGUAUCGCUGCCGAGAUUUGGUUAUAAGACUCCUCUGCAAGUAGCCAAUGUGCCUAACCUGGAUGCCAUUGCUUCAGCCGGAAUCAAUGGUUUAAUGGAUCCUGUUGAAGUAGGAUUGGCUUGUGGAAGUGAUACCGCACAUCUUUCUCUAUUAGGCUAUGAUCCUAGGGUUUAUUAUCGAGGUAGAGGGGCAUUUGAAUCAAUGGGUGCCGGGCUGGCAAUGUCCCCAGGAGAUAUAGCAUUCAAAUCGAACUUUGCAACCCUGGAUGAGAAAACUGGAAUAGUUACCAGCAGGAGGGCCGAUAGGCAUUUUGAAGAAGAAGGACCUGUUCUUUGUGCUGCAUUGGAUGGAAUGAAGCUGCCUAAUUUUCCUCAGUAUGAGGUUAGAGUCAGGUAUGCAACAGAGCAUAGAUGUGGGGUGGUUGUGAAAGGACCAAAAUUAAGUGGAAACAUAUCAGGAACAGAUCCACUGAAGGAUAACCGCCUGCUUUUACAAGCUCAACCUCUUGAUGAUUCCGAAGAAGCAAAGCAGACUGCUGCAGUUGUUAACGAGUUAUCAAAGGAGAUAUCUCGCAUUUUGGUUGCUCAUCCAAUAAAUGCAAGAAGAGCUGCAGAAGGAAAGAAUAUUGCUAAUGUUGUCCUUCUACGAGGUUGUGGGAUUCGAAUUGAGGUUCCUCAGUUUGAAAAGAUACAUUCUUUAUGGCCAUGUAUGGUUGCACCUACCAAAAUCAUUGCUGGCUUGGGUUUAUCUCUUGGUAUAGAUAUUUUAGAAGCUCCAGGAGCAACAGGAGACUACAGAACCUUGUUAACAUCUAAAGCAACUGCAAUAUCCAGAGCACUCUCGGCUCCUGUAAACACAUGCCCCAAUGUCUUUGUACCUGGGGAAGAUGAACAUAAACCUGGCCGAUCUGAUGGCUACGAUUUUGGAUUUCUUCACAUUAAGGCGAUAGAUGAUGCUGGUCACGAUAAAGCAAGCAUCUUCAAAGCCAAAGGAUUAGAAGCUGUUGAUAGAGCUAUAGGCCAGCUAGCUAGACUUCUUUGGCAAGCAGAGUCAACUGGGGCAUUUCAGUAUUACAUUUGUGUCACUGGAGAUCAUUCAACUCCAGUUGAAUAUGGUGACCACAGCUUUGAACCGGUCCCAUUUGCACUGUGUCGUCUGAAAGACUUUGUUGGUGCGAUCGGGGAAUCACAUCUUUUGGCAACUUCCCUGGACCCAUUUCCACUUCCAACCGUCAAAUCUGGUGAAGACCUGUCAACUGAUUAUCCAAAUCAAGAUGAGAAACGAGGCAAACAGGACCGGGCGUUUAAAGGUGACACUGUUUUUGAGUUCAAUGAGAUAGCAGCAGCAAGAGGGUGUCUUGGGCGAUUUGCUGGAAGUGAAAUGAUGGGAAUCAUAAAAACUUUUCUCAAGGUCUGACUGAGAGCCGCUCUGGUUUGAACUUUGGGAGCUGAUAAAUUACCUGGAAUCAAGAAUAAGGAAGUAGCAUCAGAAAGUAAUUUUCUUAAAACUAAGAAGUAUCUGACUUGCAUCCACUGUUCGCCAGCCUGAGAGAAGGAACUAUUUUACCUUUCUGGCUGAUCAACUGAUGUAGGAACAAAAGCAGGGCAGCAAUGGUUUCUAUGUAUCUACCUUCCACCAUCUGCUGAUAUAAGUCACUUCUCUACUUCUGCAGCUGCUUGUGUAUUGAGCUACACUUUAGUUGUUCUUUUUCCAAAAUUCAGUUAUGAUGGUUCUUAACCCUUAAAAGAA